CGGCGGUUUAUUUUCAUAUUGUUUCCAUUAUCAUAACCACAUACAAAAACCCAACCAUACACAAAAAAAAAAGCUCUCUAUCCUUUUGCAACACUCAUAAUUCAAAUAGAAGAGAGAAAAAGAAAAAAGUUUAUGGAGAAGAAGAAGAUGGGAUUUGAAGAGACGGAGCUCCGGCUUGGUCUUCCCGGAAACAACAACAUCGGAAGCAGUGAAUUGGGUGAGGUUGCUGCUCGGAAACGAGGUUUUGCUGAAACUGUCAGCAGUGAGACCAUUUCCAAGGUUGAUCUCAAGCUCAAUCUUUCUUCCAAAGAAACCGUUGGUGUCGGUGACGAUGACCUUGUCGCCGAUUCCAACCCUAGCAACAAAGACAAAGCUGUCCUCACCGCUGAUCCAGCCAAACCCCCGGCUAAGGCACAAGUUGUGGGAUGGCCACCCGUUCGUUCCUUCCGAAAGAACAACAUGUUGGCGUUUGUGAAAGUAAGCAUGGAUGGCGCACCAUAUCUGCGUAAGGUGGACUUGAAGAUGUACAAGAGCUACAAACAACUCUCUGAUGCUCUUGCUGCCAUGUUUGGUUCCUUCACCACCAUUGGUAACUGUGGAUCUCAAGAAAUGAAGGAUUUCAUGAAUGAAAGUAAGUUGAUGGAUCUUUUAAGUGGCUCUGAUUAUGUUCCAACUUAUGAAGACAAAGAUGGUGAUUGGAUGCUUGUUGGAGAUGUUCCGUGGGAGAUGUUUGUUGAAUCUUGCAAACGUCUACGUAUCAUGAAAGGAAAAGAGGCCAUUGGACUUGCACCAAGGGCUAUGGAGAAAUGCAAGAAUAGAAGCUGAGCAAUAAAAGCUAAAGUCAUCUUCGUCAAAACUUGCAACUUCUCUCGAUUCGAUUUAGAGUCUUGACUUAUCCUAAUUAUCGAAGCAUCGAUAAUCUUGAAAAAGUUUAGAUUUGAAUAAAAGGAUUUGAGAAAAGAAUGCAGCAGGUUGUUUAUUUGGAUGUUGGAUGUUACAUAUAUAUCAUCGUCAUUAAGUUGUAAUACUUUUCUAUAUACCAAGAUGUAAAAGUGGUAGUUUAAUAUUUGUCAUACCAUAUACUUAUUUUGUUUAAGUUCCAAGACAUGGCUUGAUUUGCCUAACAACCUUUGUUUAAGUAUGGAUGGAUUUGGGUUUAAAUAAUAUAAACUCCCCAUGUUUGCUUG